GUCUGGCUACGUUAUGCGAGUUGCUCUGGUUUUAGUUAUUAUUAAGGAAACUGGCCAGUUAUGUGCAGCGGCUCGGCAUACUAUAACGUUCUCUUUCCCCGACGCUCAUUUCACAGCUGAGCCUACCUUUGCUUGUCCUCAUCAGGAUCUCCUAUCUCUCGUCCCCGAGAACCAAGCCGCUGAAGAUCCUCACAUGCACCAGACUUUGAUUUCUUCGAAACCUCAUCAAGAUAUCCUGUCUUUUGUCCCCGGGAAGCUGGUCUCAAAAGCCUGUGUAGCGUGUCCGACUCUGAUUACAAAAUACGCUUUGUCUGAAGACAAGAAUCUGGCUGCUUUCUGGGUCGUUCGAAAUCUGGGAAGCUGUAAAUGGCCUGUAGACCGUCCUUGGUUUGACCAGUGUCGUCUCACCGGAACAUUCUUUUCGCAUAAUGAUAUAUACUGGCUUCGGUCCCGGAACUUGCAGAAGAUGAUGCAAGGUGUUUACGGUCAGUGGAAAAGAGAUUACUGCCUGGAGCAGAAAAGAAGGUUGCUCCAACAUCAAAGCGAAUCAUCACGAACUACAGGUGACGAAACCCUAGCUAGUAUCCCGACGGCGACGCUGCUUUUUCUAGCGUCGAGUUGUUGA